AUGGAUACAUCUCGCUUGGCGCAUCGCAGGAAUGAAUACAAAAGCAAAGGUGGCUUGAAGCAGGAGGAUCUUAGACGUCGACGUGAGGAGCAACAAGUUGAGAUCAGGAGACAAAAGAGGGAGGAAAAUAUUACCAAGAGACGAAACUUCAUCCCUACCACGGCUGGCGACUCCGAUGACGAGGGCGGUACUACCAGCUGGGAGAGUCCGCUUGCGGAAGACAUGAUCGCGGGUGUUUUUUCUGAUGAUGCCGAUCGCCAACUAGACGCGACUACGAAGUUCCGCAAACUCCUCUCGAAGGAGAAAAACCCGCCUAUUGAACGCGUAAUUGACUGCGGCGUGGUCCCCCGGUUCGUGGAGUUCUUACAGGGAGAUAACCCAAUGCUUCAGUUUGAGGCCGCGUGGGCACUCACCAACAUCGCCUCCGGAACUGCAGACCACACCCAAGUCGUCAUUGGUGCAAACGCGGUUCCCGAAUUUAUCAAACUGCUUUCUUCUUCGGUUCUGGACGUCCGAGAGCAAGCUGUCUGGGCCUUGGGGAAUAUCGCUGGAGACAGUCCAACAUGCCGGGAUUACGUUCUGCAGCAGGGAGCUCUCAGGCCUCUCUUGCAGCUGCUGAGCGAGAACCAUAAGCUCAGCAUGCUGAGAAAUGCCACUUGGACUCUAAGCAACUUCUGCAGAGGCAAAUCGCCUCAGCCGGAUUGGGAUCUGAUCUCUCCCGCUUUGACAGUCUUGACCAAGUUGAUUUACUCUUUGGACGACGAAAUUCUCAUAGACGCGUGCUGGGCGAUCUCUUACCUCUCUGAUGGAUCUAAUGAUAAGAUUCAAGCCGUGAUUGAGUCGGGUGUAUGCAGGCGACUUGUUGACCUUCUCAUGCACCCUUCUACUUCUGUGCAAACACCUGCACUUCGUUCCGUGGGCAACAUUGUCACUGGUGACGACCUCCAGACUCAAGUAGUCAUCACAUCCGGUGCUCUUCCUGCUCUUUUGUCGUUACUUUCGUCCCCGAAAGAAGGCAUUCGGAAGGAAGCCUGCUGGACAAUUUCGAACGUCACUGCUGGAUCUCCUCCUCAGAUUCAGUCCGUUAUUGAUGCAAACAUCAUUCCCCCGCUUAUCAAUAUUCUGCAGAAUGCCGACUUCAAGACAAGGAAAGAGGCAUGUUGGGCUAUCUCGAACGCUACCUCUGGCGGCCUCCAGGAACCUUCUCAGAUUCGAUACCUCGUCGCCCAAGGAUGCAUCAAGCCUCUCUGUGACCUUCUUACCAUGAUGGACAACAAAAUCAUACAAGUUGCCCUCGAUGGUCUUGAUAAUAUACUCAAAGUAGGCGAGAUGGAUAAGCAAGCUGCAGGUCCUGGUGCCGUGAACCAGUAUGCCCUGUAUGUGGAGGAAGCUGGUGGAAUGGUGACCAUUCACAACCUUCAGCAACACGACAACCUCGACAUCUACAAGAAAGCAUUCAAUAUCAUGGACAAAUAUUUCCCCGAUGACGAGGAAGUGGAUGCUGGUAUCAACGCUGCGAACGUUGAUGCAUCGGGUGCCUUUGCGUUCAAUCAAGAAGGUGCUGCGCCCCCGCCGGGUGGAUUCAGCUUCGGUUCGCGUAUAUGGGUUAUCAUGAAAAGCGAACGUGAAUUCACAGGCACGUUACUGGGAUUCGAUGACUUCGUGAAUAUGGUUUUAGAGGAUGUUACAGAAUAUGAGAUUACUCCUCAGGGAAGGAAGGCAACAAAGCUGGCGCAGACGCUUCUCAAUGGCAAUAACAUCUGCAUGUUAAUUCCUGGGAGUUCUGGCCCGGACAGUGCAUAA